UACAUUUCUUUUCCUUUUUGAUGAAUGAUGGUUAAUGUGAUGGUUGUGUCCCAGAGCAUUUAGAGUUUGUAAAUGCAACCUUUUUUGUUUGUGAUCUCUAAGCUCUUGUGCUACUUUUGUAAAGAGUUUUCUUCCCAGAACUAUUCAGGUCGAGCAGGAAUCAAGACAAGCAGGAAACCUGUUUUUGUUACCUUAACCAUCCAGUCCCCUCCCAGCUGCUGCUUUCAUACCUGCUACGCUGCAAAAAACAGACUGAAACGCACAACCGACCGCGUACAUAACCAUGUUAAAACCUGCUGCAAAAACGGGUUUUAUGUCAACACGAGGUUGAGUUUUUCCACUUUUCUUGUUUACUUUGUGGGAAACAUUCGCCUCGACACAAUGGGGACUCAGCUGGUUGGUUUUUGCUUGGCAAUCAUCGGCUUCAUGGGAACGAUUCUCAUCUGCGCUCUGCCCAUGUGGAAGGUGACGGCAUUCGUUGGAGUCAACAUCGUCACCGCGCAGGUGUUUUGGGAAGGUCUGUGGAUGAACUGCGUGAUCCAGAGCACAGGCCACCUGCAGUGCAAGGCCUAUGACUCCAUCCUCGCCUUGCCUCAGGAUCUGCAGGGCUCUCGGGCCCUCGUCUGCGCCUCCCUUGGCGUCAGCGUUGUGGCCAUCGGGCUCAGCAUCGUUGGGGUUCGGUGCACCAACUUCUGCCGCUACGACAGGUUGAUGAAAUCCAACAUUGGCGUUGGCGGAGGAGUGGCGUUUAUCAUCGCAGGCUUGCUGUGCAUCAUUCCCGUCAGCUGGUCGGCUCACAUCAUCAUCACGGGAUUUAACAGCCCAGUGGCGACGGGGGAGAGGAGAGGGGAGCUGGGAGCCUCCAUCUACAUCGGCUGGGCUUCUGGAGCGCUGCUCGUCAUCGGAGGAGGGAUCCUGACAGGAAGCUACAGAUGCUGAAGAAGAAGAAGAAGAAGAAUGACCUGCACUGCGCCAUCCGUCGUGAAUAUGAUGAAGGUUUACGUGUAAAAUAGCGUCUCUAACUGAAGCUACAUUUUUGUCAUUUAUUUCAAAUCAUAGUUGCACUAAAAUGAUAAUGGUUUAAAAAUUAUGCUUCAAGUAACUGCACAAAUUCAGGACAUGAAGGGAAAACAUGCAAUGAAAUAUUAUAAGCUCCACAUAUCUGAAUUUUAUUUUGAAGAAUUUGAUAAUCAUAGUUUUCUGAAUGCUGAAAUUAGUAUUUGUUCUUCUUUUUAUGCAUUUACUGAAGUUGCAUUGGUUUAAAUAGCUGUCUUCUUUUAACUGUGAACACUUAAUGUGACAGUUUAGCAUUUUUGGAAUUACAAAAACUUUACAUGCUUUACAAAUGAAUGUAGCAUUAUGUUUUAUGCUACAUAGCAUUAUGUAGCAAAAACAUAGCAUUAUGUUUUGUAUGUUAUGAAUACAUUUUUGGUACUUGUCUAUUUUCA